AGAAGAAAAAUGGGGAAGUGUCGCUCUUCUGUCAACGCAGGUUUUUGGUGCAAACACUGUAAAUCAUGAUAAUUUAGAGAUGAAAUAUCCACAAUAGUUUGAAAGUCGCUGUUGAGACGUUGAAACUCAUUUAAACACGAUAAACCGCGCGCUCAACCGGAAACACGCGCCGCUUCUGCAAAUCUGAGCCGCGUUUCAUGAGUCCCUCAAACGAGUCUUACCUGUCCCACCAGUCUGCGCCUGGACAUGAGUCGGAGUCGGAUCCCGGGUCUCGAGGAGGCACAGGGAGCGUAGAGGAGGCACGGAGGAGCGUAGAGGAGCCAGGACUCUCCAUGGCUCACUCUUUUGCGCCAAAUGGGCACAAAAGUGGGUUUAAGUACAGUCUCCUGGACGGUUUGACGCCAGACUUUUCACCAGAGGAUCACUCUCUAUGGCCCAGGUCUUUGGCGCGGCGAUGGUUCGUGGUUCUGUUCGUGGGGACGUGUCUCCUGUACUGCGCUCGGAUGGCGAUGCCCAUCUGCGCCGUUACCAUGGCGUCCACGUUCCACUGGACCAAGAUCGACACCGGGGUCGUGCUCGGCGGCUUCUUCUGGGGCUACUGCAUCACUCAGAUCCUCGGAGGAUACGUCAGCGACAAAAUCGGAGGAGAGCGUGUUCUGUUGAUGUCUGCAGCCUCGUGGGGUGUGAUCACCGCUGGGACGCCCCUCAUGGCCCGACUCUGCUCACGCACCCUGUUCCUCAUGACGACCGCCCGCUUCCUCAUGGGACUCCUGCAAGGUGUGUUCUUUCCGUCUUUGGCCAGUCUGUGUUCACAUCGUGUGGUCAAGGCCGAGCGCGGGUUUUUGAUGAGCAUCCUGCACAGCGGCACUUAUCUCGGGACGCUCGUGGCCGGGGGUCUGGGCUCCGUGAUGCUGCAGAGUUACGGCUGGGAGUACCUGUUUUACUGCAUCGGUUUUUCGAGUGGUCUGUGGGCGCUCCUCAUCUGGUAUUUUCUCGUAAAGGGCAGAGAGAUUCCCAAACAGAAACACGUUGAAAAUGGCCGACCUCAUUCCAAAACACGAUGGCUCAGUUUCAUUAAAAAACCUCCAGUCUGGUCCAUGAUGAUCGCCCACACCUGUGCGGCCUCCACCUUCUACACGCUGUUGUCAUGGUUACCCACGUAUUUUGAAGAGUCGUUUCCAAACGCAAAGGGCGGAGUGUACAACACCGUCCCGUGGAUCGCGGCCAUCCCGGCCAGUCUGGUUGGAGGUUGGGUCUCAGAUUUCCUCAUAACUAAAGGAUAUCGGGUGGUGUACGUGAGGAAACUCAUGCAGGUCGUUGCCAUGGGAAUCCCAGUGCUGUUCAUUUUACCCAUGUCCAACGCGGUCAGUCUGUCCACCGCCGUCACGCUGACCACGGUCGCCAUCGGAGCGACGACCUUCUCCAGCGGUGGCGUCGCUGUGAACGUGCAGGACCUCGCUCCCUCGUGCGCUGGCGCCCUCUAUGGCUUCAUGAACAUGAUGGGUGCACUAACAGGCGUGGUGACCGUCUCUCUGUCCGGGUACCUGAUUGAAGUGACACAGACGUGGGCCACCGUCUUCUCGCUCGUCGCUCUCAUUAACUCGUCGGGUUUGGGCGUUUACUUGGUUUUUGGUGACGCUCAGCGUCUGGACCAGGGCAGCCCGGUCACCAUCAUCUGACCUCUGACCCCUGCCCUCAGCCCGGUCACCAUCAUCUGACCCCUGACCCCUGCCCUCACGUCGAUGGAGACCUGGAGCUGCAGACGAUGUUGUUGAUGAAAUGUUUACAUUUAAAUCUCCUCAUAUUUUCUGAGGGACCUGAGACUUUAAUAUAAAUGACAUUUGUCAAUAUAUUUUUUAUUGUUUUAUAUGAAUAAUUUAUAAAGACGAUGAUGUUUAGACACAGUUUGACACUUUGGUCCAACAGACUCGUCUUAAACCUGUGUGUGUGUGUGUGUGUCUCUGUGUGUGUGUGUGUCUGUGUGUGUAUGUGUCUGUCUGUCGGGGUGUGUGUGUGUGUGUGUCUCUGUGUGUGUGUAUGUGUGUGUCUGUGUGUGUAUGUGUCUGUCUGUCGGGGUGUGUCUGUGGGUGUGUGUGUGUGUGUGUGUGUGUGUGUGUCUCUGUGUGUGUCUGUGUCUCUCUGUGUGUGUGUGUGUGUGUGUGUCUCUGUGUGUGUCUGUGUCUCUCUGUGUGUGUGUGUGUGUGUGUCUGUCGGGGUGUGUGUGUGUGUGUGUCUGUGGGGGUGUCUGUGUGUGUGUGUUGUAAACUCUAUGUGCCUGGUGUGUGUGGGACUUGGUGUUUUACCGUCGCUCUUGCCUUUACAUUUAAAAAAAUAAACCUGAUGCCCUCCCUCU